AUGGACCAGCAGGGCAGUUGGGAGUCAGCAACAGAGAGGUCAGAUGGAGACAGACCAGCCGGGCAGUUGGGACGCAGCAGCAGAGAGGUCAGUUGGAGGCCGACCAGCAGAGCAGUCCAGAUGCAGCAGCAUAGAGGUCAGUUGGAGACAGACCAGCAGGGUAGUGGGACACAGCAGCAGAGAGCAGCAAAGAGGUCAGUUGGAGAUGGACCAGCAGAGCAGUUGGCAUGCAGCAGCAGAGAGGUCAGUUGGAGAUGGACCAGCAGGGCAGUUGGGAUGCAGCAGCAGAGAUGUCAGUUGGAGACGGACCAGCAUGGCAGUCAGGAUGCAGCAACAGAGAGGUCAGUUAUAGACGGGCCAGCAGGGCAGUUGGGACGCAGCAACAGAGAGGCCAGUGAGAGACGGACCAGCAGGGCAGUCAGGAUGCAGCAACAGAGAGGUCAGUUGGAAAUGGACCAGCAGGGCAAUCAGGCAGUUGGGACGCAGCAGCAGAGAGGUCAGUUGGAGACGGACCACCAGGGCAGAUUGGACGCAGCAGCAGAGAAGUCAGUUGGAGAUGGACUGGCAGGGCAAUUUGGUCGCAGUAGCGGAGAACUCAGUGGGAGAUGGACCAGCAGUGAAUUCGGUUUGCAGCAGCAGAGAGGUCAGUUGGAGACGGCCAGCAGGGCAGUUGGGACGCAGCAGCAGACAGGUCAGUUGGAGACGGACCAGCUGGCAGUCAGGACGCAGCAGCAGAGAGAUCAGUUGGAGACGGACCAGCAGGGCAGUUGGGAUGCAGCAGCAGAGAGGGUAGUUGGGUUGCAGCAGCAGAGAGGUCAGUUGAAGACAGACCUGCAGGGCAGUUGGGACACAGCAGCAAGAGGUCAGUUGGAGACGGACCAGUGGGGCAGUUUCGACACAGCAGCAGAGAAGUCAGUUGGAGAUGGACUGGCAGGGCAAUUUGGUCACAGCAGCAGAGAACUCAGUUGGAGACGGACCACCAGUGAAUUCGGGUUGCUGCAGCAGAGAGGUCAGUUGGAGAGGGCCAGCAGGGCAGUUGGGAUGCAGCAGCAGACAGUUCAGUUGGAGACAGACCAGCAGGGCAGUCAGGAUGCAGCAGCAGAGAGGUCAGUUGGAGACAAACCAGCAGGGCAGUUUGGGAUGCAGCAGCAGAGAGGUCAGUUGGAGAAUGACCAGCAGGGCAGUUGGGAUGCAGCAGCAGAGAGGUCAGUUGUAGCCAGACCAGCAGGGGAGUCAGGAUGGAGCAGCAGAGUGGUCAGUUGGAGACAGAUCAGCAGGGCAGUCGGGACACAGCAACAGAGAGGUCAGUGGGACACAGACCAGCAGGGCAGUUGGGAUGCAGCAGCAGAGGGGUGA